CCCUCUCGCGCGCUUGUGCGCGUGCUCGUCUCUGCGGCAGACAUCGCUGCGGAUUCGCCUUACGCAUGCGCCUUGCUUUCAGACAAGCCCCGUCAGAGGGGGGAAGAAGAAAGGGAGGGGUUGGUGUGGAAGCUUCUGGAAUUAGCGGAGGCAGUAGCUUCCGAGAGCGGAGGGGUUCGGCGGCGGUGGCGGCAGCAGCAGCUACGGAACCGGGAUUUAACCCUUGUGGAUUAUUAAAUAAAAUGUCGUGGUGUGUGUUAUAGUAAAGAAGCGCGGUCACGGAAUGAGGGCGGCCAUGGAGCUCUUUAUCUACCCCCCGGGAUAUAAACGCUUCUCUGACCGGAUAAUCUCCGCAAUGUUUCCUCGCUGCCUCGUUAUGUGGGAUCUUUAUUUUGCCCCGGUGUCGCACUUUCCUGUUGUCUGGAUUAUUAUUAUUGGCGCCGCCAUUUUGUGACAGCAGAACGCAGAGAGCGGCCGACAUUUUGAGUGUUGUGUGGGCGGCGCAUGCGCAGAACGUUGCUGGUCAUCUUGCCGCUUUUCCCGCCCUUUUUUUCCCCUGUCAGGUUUUGCAGAGAGGCUCUGGUUCCACAAUGAGUGAGGAGACGCGGCCAGUGAGGGGGCUCCAGUGCUCCCAGUAACCGGCUCUCAUACUGGGAGGUUUUGUGAGGUCCGUACGGUUACAAGGAUCCCCAAUUCAGGUGACAGGACUUGCACAGUAAAUAACCAUUCAGGGGGAAGCAGCCGCUAUCUGUUGGCUCCAAGGAAAGCAGUACUUGACAUUUCUGGAAGAAAAUACAGAAGAUUUUCAACAUACAAUGGAUCUCUGCUUUCUGUCAGUGAAUUGUAAACUUUGGAAGCCUGGAAAACUACAUUCCAAGGAGAGAUAUGGCUUCAAACAGGAUGCUGGCUCCACGAGCGCAGGAUAGACUCAGCAUAAGACCAGAUGUCCAGCAUGACCCCGGCAUGGACCAAGCACCACAGCUCCCCGACCAGCGAGAGGACAAUGUGUAGAAUAUCGGCCCACCUCCCCACCGUCAUCAUCAGGAUCAGGAGACCCCCCAUGCGAACAAACACUGUCUGGUAAGCCAUCUGCUCCGUGGGGUUCUGGUGCUGCUCUUCUGCAAGACAAGACACAGCACGAGCAUGAACACAUGACAAAUACAGCGGUUUUAUUUUACUAAGUUCUCGGAAACAUCCACAUACCUGUGACGGACUAUAUCUGUGACGGAGGUGAGCGCCCACAGAAGCACUUCUCUUUUUACUCGGGACCACGGGACCGAUAUUCUUCCAUUCCAGUGACCGUCCUCCGCCGGUGAGAACGGGUCUAGUGCCGGCUGCACUCCUCCAAUCUGUGUCCCCCAGAAUAGUGGGAAACAAGCGUCUACUGGUGUUGUGCCCACGGUACAACACAGAAAGUCUCUGUUUCCAGGUCCUGAUUCCCUCGUGUCCAGCAGCAUCCAGCACCUGCGCAGCACGUGGAGCCCGGGAGGUCAGUGCCAGUUUUAUAUAGCCUGAGAAUAGAACUGGAUGCUAUCCACAAGGAGGAUGGGAAGAAUAAUAUGAUAUGGAGAGGACAUAGUCUCUAACUCUGUAUGACACUGCACAGUACUACUUCUCCUGUCCUGUAUACUGGAUGUAAUCCUCAGUAUCUGCUCUUAUUCUGUAUGUGUGUGUGUGUGUAUAUAUAUAUAUAUAUAUAUAUAUAUAUAUAUACAUAUACACUGUACAGUACUACUUCUCCUGUCCUGUAUACUGGAUGUAAUGCUCAGUAUCUGCUCUUAUUCUGUAUGUGUGUAUGGAUGUGAGUGUGAGAGGGGGGGAGAGUAUGGAUUCUGUGGGGAGUGAAAGGGAUGCUGGAGUGGUUGGUCCAUCAGUGGUGCCAAAUAAGAGUUAUGCUAGUGUUGCUGCCGGGUCACGUAGGCCACAUGAGAGUCCUGCAUCCUCUGGUCCUGGGAAUAGUGACCUUCAGAGACGCUUUCUGGAGGCCUUGCGGAGGGGGGAUAAAUCUAUCACUGUAGAGGGUAGAGAGGUAGAACUGUCCUUUUGGAUAGAGAGGCACGGCCUUGGGGCCUUCCGAGAGCAAAGGAGAGGAGUCAUGGUCACUCCCCACAGCGGAGUCUGGGGUCACCAGGAGGAAUGUGGUCCGUCUUAGGUGGCGGGGCAAUGAUGGUAGAUGGAUUUCAGGGCAGGUGACAUCUUUGCCCUGAUACAUCCUCAUGGUACCACAUUUUUCGAUGUCAGUUUCGUCCGGGCUGAAGGUUUCAAGCUCUUUUGGUCUCGGUACGAGCUGGCAAAGCCAGAACCCGAGUGGCGAGAUUUUGCUGUCCAGGCAAAUUCUUGCCAAAAUAACAUCAAGAAUGUGACGGUAUUAACGUGUAACGAAUCUCUUUCUUGCAUAGAUAUCAUGACCUGGAUUGGGCGUUAUGGAGAGGUGGUCAGCAUUCCCCAGAAUAACAGGGAUGAAUUCGGUAUCUGGUCAGGGGCCUGGACCUUCAUGGUCAAGUUGAAGGUUUCAGGUAAUUCUGUCACCCACAUUGCUUCCUCGACUUUUCUGGGGAGGGACAGGAUCCUGGUUUUCUACCAGGGACAGCCGAAGGUCUGCCAUAGGUGCGGUGACCCGACACACUUCAGCGCACAAUGUAAGGUCCAGAAGUGCGCGUUGUGUGGAGGGUUAGGACAUCUCGCCGCAACCUGUGGGGACAUUCGUUGUCACCUGUGUGGGGAUCUCAGUCACCUCUUCAGCCGCCGUCUGAUCUGUUUUGCCAAUACGGUCGAAUCUUCAGCUGGGGUUAGCCGAGAUGCUGACUCCACUGGAGAGGGUACCGGCGGAGGUGGGGAGACUACUGGUCCAAGGAAGAAAAUUAUACCUUCUAGGCUGAGGUGUUUGGAGGCACGCCAAAGGGAAAGGAAGGGGGCUCCUCAGGUGGCAGCUGAGGUAGCUUUACCUGACCCAAAGAUGGUCAUCUUUGGAGGAGACUUUAAUAGUGUCACAAGGUCUCGUGAUAGGGGAGGCUCCAGAGAUCGGCUAGAUUACGAUAGCUUCGCCUUGAAUAGAAUAGCUAGUGAGUCUCGCCUGGUGGAUGUCCACAUCCGGCACACCCCAGGUCACAGCGGGUUCACUUACUUUAGAGGUAGAGAGAUUAGGUCUAGAAUAGAUAGGUUUUUUUUGAAGGAGGAGUCUGUCUCUUCACCGUUGUGGGUUGUUGAGGUGGAGUUCUCCGACCACUGUUUGAUUAUGUUUUCUUUGACUGUUUCAGAGACUCCGGGAUGGGAAGGGGAUUGUGGAAGCUGAAUUCGUCUCUCCUGGAAGUCAAGGAGAUAAGACAGUCCUUUGAGGAGUUUUUGCAGAGCCAGGUACCAUUACUGGACUUAUGCAGCACUAAGUCAGAGUGGUGGGAGAUGUUAAAAAAGCGGGCGGCGAGAAUCUUCUGCCAAACUGCGAACCUUAGGAGUCUGAAUAGGGAUCGUCUCUAUCAGGAAAUAAGGAGGAAACUCAAGGUUCUUGUCUUGACUGGAGGUGACCGAGAGGAAAUCUCCAGAGUGAAUUCAUUGCUAAAGAAGUGCCAGUAUGAUAGACACGCAUCUUUGGUUUUCAAGAGGUAUUUUGGGAAGUACCGCUCGCCCGACCCUUUAAGGAGCUGUAAGAUGUCAGUGGAUUGUAAGAUCGUGACCGGCCUGAUCGAUAGUAAAGGAUCUCUGAACAAGUCCAGAUCGGGGAUCCUGGAGGUCGUCAGAGCCUUUUACUCGCACCUUUUGGGGAAGAGGGAUCUAGAUCGGGGCAGGAUGUCGGCUUUCCUGGCUGAUGCCUUUUCCCAGUCAGGAGUAGACCCCUCUCUUAAUGUUUUGACAGAGAAGAGGAAGUGAAGCUGGCGAUUGAGAGGCUUGCCCUCAAAAAGUCUCCAGGGCCGGAUGGCUUAAAGGACAACUGUAGUGGAACACUUUUAUGUAUGC